AUGCGAAUACCUUCAACCACCUCACUCAACCGAUCCGCCUUCACUUCAGAUGACUCACCGCAACCAAGUCCACAACCGAGUACCCUUGGACAACCUCAGGGCGCUUCGAGUGUAUUGCCGGCCUACACAAGCUCCCGCACGGAGUACUUUGGCCACCAAUCAGAGCUUGCAUCAGAUCACAGGAAUGCCGUGGCGAAGAAGAAGCCGCCGCCGCCGCCCCCAGCGAAGCGCUCAAAGGCGCCCGAGGAGUAUGUUGUGGCCCAGUACGACUUUUUAGGGGGCGAUGGAGACUUGAGCUUCCGCGAAGGAGACAGAAUCAAGAUUGUAAAGAGGACAGAGACAGACCAGGACUGGUGGAUAGGCGAGUUGGGUGGCGUAAAGGGUAGUUUCCCUGCCAACUAUUGCAAGACCGCUUGA